AUGCAUUCUCACCUCCACACCUCUUACAACGUCAAUUGCGAAGAGAUCAUGACUGCUCUUGAUGAGUGUCAUGCCAAGGGAUUUAUACACAAAGCCAUUGGAAGCUGCAAUGAUAUCAAAGUCGAAGUGAACAAAUGUCUCUCCGCAGAGCGAUUCGACCGCGCAAAGCGCAACCGAGACGAGGCGCGCAGCAACCGCCGGCGUGUCGAGGAGAUCUGGGCUAAAGAGCGCGAGCUUGAUCAAGGCCCUGCGGUGGCGGCUGCUGCUGCUGCGAAUGUUGCGGCGGCUAAUGCUGCAAAGCAAUAG